CUUUUCAUUCGUUUUCCAUUCUCGACUCCCCGUUUCUUGUCUGGUUCUCUUUGUGCGGUCGCUUUUCGCUGCUCCUUGAAGUGAAUUCGAUAGUUGGGGUCCUCUGUUGAUCCCGCGGUUCGAUCGUCCGUCCUUGAGCUUGUGUAUAAGACGCGGAGUGGGGUGUUGGGUGUCUCCGGCUGUGUCGAUUUUUGCGGCAGAUUUUUCAGCUUGGACCAGGUAUCCUAUCAACACUGUUCGAUUCAGAUUUCUGGGACAAAAUGGGGAGUAACAUCAACUUCAAGAACCUCGGCACUGAUCCGCCGCCCGCGAAUAUCAGGCCACCUGGCAAUGCGCCGUUAACCCGGCAACCGUCGGUCUACUCGCUGACCUUUGAGGAGUUCCAGAACUCUAUGGGCAAGGACUUUGGGUCCAUGAACAUGGAUGAGCUGAUAAAGAACAUUUGGUCUGCAGAGGAGAACCAAUCUAUAGCAUCUGCUAGUGUUGCUGGUGGUGGCGGACAGGACGGAACUGGAGUACCUGGCGGUUUUUUGCAACGGCAGGGCUCACUAACGCUUCCCCGGACGCUGAGCCAAAAGACUGUUGAUGAGGUUUGGAAGGACCUUUCUAAGGAAUAUUCAAUCGGGAAGGAUGUUGGCGUUGCAACUGGAGGACCGGUUGUGCCACAGCGGCAGCAAACAUUGGGUGAAAUGACAUUGGAGGAGUUUUUGUUCAGGGCCGGCGUCGUUAGAGAAGACGCCCAGUUCUCUGGAAAGCCAAAUAAUGGAGGACUGUUCGGUGAAUUGCCCCGUGCUGGUAAUAAUGCUGGAUUCGGAUUCGGAUUCCCGCAACCAGGAAAAGCUGCAAACUUGAUGGGGAUGAGGAACUUGGAGGGCGGGAAUCUGAACCCUGUGCAGCCUCUGAACAUGCCGGUGAAUGUGAAUGGAAUCAGAGCGAACCAGCAACACACAACACAACCGCAGCCGCAGGCGCAUCAGCCGCAGAUCCUCCCAAAGCAGCCCGUUUUGCCAUUCGCACAGCACAUCCCUUCACCUAACAAUGGUCAGAGUCAGGGAUUUAGGGGCGGACUGAUGGGGAUUCCAGAUCAAGUAAUGACUAAUAACUUGGUUCAGGGAGGCGCUUUGCAUGGAGGGGGAAUGGGGAUGGUCGGUUUAGGAGCUGGACCCGUGGGCAUGCCAAAUGGAUCACCUGCUAAUCCGGUCUCAUCUGAUGGAAUGGGAAGAAGUAACGGGGAUAACUCCUCGGUUUCGCCUGUACCGUACAUGUUUAAUGGUGGUGUGAGAGGAAGAAAGUGCAACAGUGCUGUGGAGAAAGUUGUGGAGAGAAGGCAGAGGAGGAUGAUUAAGAACCGAGAGUCGGCUGCAAGAUCGCGUGCUCGCAAGCAGGCUUAUACAAUGGAACUGGAAGCAGAGGUUGCAAAGCUUAAGGAGGAAAAUGACGAAUUACGAAAAAAGCAGGAGGAGAUCAUGCAAAUACAGAAAAACCAGCUCAUGGAGAUGAUGGAUACGCAACGGGGAGUUAAGAAGCGAUGCUUGAGAAGAACUCAAACCGGUCCGUGGUAAUUGAGAUGUUAGGUUAGUGGUUUUUUGUGUACAGGAAAAUAUGUAUGGUUAGGUGUUGUACAUAUCUAGGUAAAAACAUGACCUCUGUUGUAGAUGAACAAUAUGAGAGCUUUCACUUACUCAAUUACAGUUUCCUGAUCUCUAUAUGCUCUUUGCUUCCAUUAGAAGUUAUGGACCAAUAGGGAAGGAAAGGAAAACUAUGUGGCCGCAUUUUAUCGAGAUGUAGUACUUAUAUAGCAUGCCGUUCUCACUAUAGCAUGUCGAUCUUACAACAUAUUCAGGCAAGUUUGUC